AUGUUAAAAAAUAGUGAUAAAGUUUUUGCUAAUCUUAGUGGCCAAGAAAAAUGUGAUAUAGUUAGUAGUAAGCAGCGGGGAGAUUGGGAUAAUACUAAGGAUCUUAUUAAUAAAGGCAGAGAAUGGAUUAUUGAAGAAAUAAAAAAAUCUGGGCUUAGAGGGCGAGGGGGAGCUGGCUUUCCUACUGGCACUAAAUGGUCCUUUAUGCCUAAAGAGCACCCUAAACCUAGUUAUUUAGUAGUGAAUGCCGAUGAGUCAGAGCCUGGCACCUGUAAAGACCGAGAUAUUUUAAGAUACGAACCACAUAAACUAGUAGAAGGAUGCGUGCUUGCUAGCUUUGCUAUUAAUGCCCAUACUUGCUAUAUAUAUAUUCGUGGUGAAUUUUAUAAUGAGGCGUCAAAUAUCCAAAGGGCAAUAGAUGAAGCUUAUGCCGCUGGUUUUAUUGGCCCUAAUGUCUGUGGUACCGAAUAUAGGCUCGAUAUUUAUUUGCACCGCGGUGCUGGUGCCUAUAUUUGUGGCGAGGAAACAGCUUUACUUGAAAGUUUAGAAGGGAAUAAAGGAUUUCCAAGGCUAAAGCCGCCCUUCCCUGCCAGUUUUGGUUUAUAUGGUUGUCCUACUACGAUUAAUAACGUUGAAUCGAUUGCAGUUGUCCCUACUAUACUUCGGCGUGGUGGAGAAUGGUUUGCUUCCCUUGGUAAGCCCAAUAAUACUGGGACUAAGGUUUUCUGUAUCUCAGGCCACGUAAAUAAACCAUGUAAUGUUGAAGAAGCCUUAGGAAUUCCUUUGCGAGAAUUGAUCGAUCACUAUGCUGGUGGCGUACGGGGAGGCUGGGAUAAUCUUAAAGCUAUUAUUCCAGGUGGCUCCUCCGUACCGUUACUUCCAAAAUUAUUAUGCGAAGAAGCUAACAUGGAUUUUGAUAGCUUGAAAGCUCUAGGUUCAGCCUUAGGAACUGGCGGAAUAAUUGUUAUGGAUAAUUCUACUGAUAUAAUUUAUGCGAUCGCGCGACUUAGUAAAUUCUAUAUGCAUGAAUCUUGUGGACAAUGUACUCCUUGUAGAGAAGGAACAGGCUGGAUGUGGCGUAUUAUGAUGAAACUAGUAAGAGGUCAGGCUCAAAUAGAAGAAAUAGAUCAACUAUUAGAUACUACAAAAAUGAUAGAAGGCCGUACGAUUUGCGCCCUAGGAGAUGCAGCAGCUUGGCCUAUCCAAGGGCUGAUUCGCCAUUUCCGUCAUGAAAUUGAAGACAGGAUUAAAAACUACAGUCAAUUCAUGUGA